ACGGAGCCUCGGCCCCGCGCGGUGCGUGCCGGGAGGUGCGCCAUGCAGACCUCCCGGACCUUCCUGAAGCGCACGCGGGCGGGCGCGGUGGUGAAGGUGGUGCGCGAACACUACCUGCGCGAGGACAUCUCCUGCGGCGCCGCCGCCUGCCGCCGCUGCACCCCCUGUCCCGCCGGGCCCGGCCGCGGCCUCGGCCUCGGCCUCGAGGCGCAGCCCCGCGGCGCCGCCAGCAGCCUCUGCCCUGGGCCGCACUACCUCCUGCCCGACACCAACCUCCUCCUGCACCAGAUUGAUAUACUUGAAGAUCCUGUUAUUAAGAAUGUCAUUGUGCUACAGACAGUCUUACAAGAAGUCAGGAAUCGGAGUGCACCAGUAUACAAGCGAAUUAGGGAUGUGAUUCAAAACCCUGAAAAACAUUUCUAUUCUUUCACCAAUGAACAUCAUAGAGAAACAUACAUAGAGCAAGCACAAGGAGAAACUUCUAAUGACCGCAAUGAUAGAGCCAUUCGGGUAGCAGUGAAAUGGUACAAUGAACACUUGAAGAAAAUAGAGGAUGAGGAGAAGAUUCAAGUUAUCUUUUUAACAAAUGACAGAACAAAUAAAGAGAAAGCUCUAGAGGAAGGGAUAACUGCUUAUACAUGUGAGGAGUAUAUAAAAAGCUUGAUAGCUAACCCUGAACUUGUAGAUCGUCUUGCUUGUGUAUCUGAUGAAGGGAAAGAAAUAGAAAGUGGAAAAAUAAUUUUCCCAGAACAUAUUCCUCUUAGCAAAUUGCAGCAAGGAAUAAAAUCUGGCAUUUACCUCCAAGGAACUUACAGGGCAAGCAGAGAUAAUUAUCUUGAAGCUACUGUUUGGGUUCAUGGAGAUGCUGAAGAAAACAAAGAGAUAAUUAUACAGGGACUGAAACACUUAAACCGAGCGGUUCAUGAAGAUAUUGUAGCUGUGGAGCUGUUAGCAAAAGAUGAAUGGGUGGCACCAUCCUCAAUAGUCUUGCAAGAUGAAGGCCAGAAUGAAGAUGACAUUGAAAAUGAAGAGGAGAAAGAGAACAUUCUGAAGACUUCUGUUAACAAGGACAUGCUGAGACCUACAGGAAAAGUAGUGGGCAUUAUAAAACGAAACUGGCGACCGUUUUGUGGCAUGCUUUCCAAAUCACAGAUCAAAGAGGCAAGGCGCCAUUUGUUUACACCAGCUGAUCGCAGAAUUCCUCGCAUUCGAAUAGAAACAAGACAAGCAGAUACAUUGGAAGGACAAAGAAUAAUUGUUGCUAUUGACGGGUGGCCGAGGAAUUCCAGGUACCCUAAUGGCCAUUUUGUGAAGAACUUGGGAAGUGCUGGAGACAAAGAGACUGAGACAGAAGUUCUUCUGCUUGAACAUGAUGUCCCUCAUCAGCCUUUUUCCCAGGCUGUCCUUAGUUUCCUACCAAAAAUGCCGUGGAGCAUUACAGAACAGGAUAUGAAAUACAGGGAGGACUUGAGGCAUCUGUAUGUUUGUAGUGUUGAUCCUCCAGGCUGUACGGAUAUUGAUGAUGCAUUACAUUGUAGAGAACUAGAAAACGGAAAUAUAGAGGUUGGUGUACAUAUUGCAGACGUCAGUCAUUUUAUUCGCCCAGGAAAUGCUUUGGAUGAGGAAUCAGUAAAAAGAGGAACAACAGUAUAUCUUUGUGAAAAAAGAAUUGAUAUGGUUCCAGAGCUACUCAGUUCCAAUUUAUGCUCCCUGAGAUCUAAUGUAGACAGACUUGCAUUUUCAUGUAUAUGGGAGAUGAACCCUAAGGCUGAAAUUCUAAAAACAAGAUUUACAAAGAGUAUUAUUAAUUCCAAGGCUUCUCUUACAUACGCUGAAGCACAGAUGAGAAUUGAUUCAGCUACUAUGAAUGAUCACAUUACUACCAGCCUACGCGGACUAAACAAAUUAGCAAAAAUUCUGAAGAAGAAAAGAACUGAUAAAGGAGCCUUGACACUUUCCUCACCAGAAGUUCGUUUCCAUAUGGACAGUGAAACUCAUGAUCCUAUUGAUCUGCAGACUAAGGAGCUCAAAGAAACAAAUUCCAUGGUUGAAGAGUUCAUGUUGCUUGCCAAUAUCUCUGUAGCACAAAAAAUUUAUGAUGAGUUCCCAGAGUUUGCUUUGCUCCGCAAACAUCCUGCUCCUCCCCCAUCCAAUUAUGAUAUCCUUGUGAAAGCUGCAAAGUCCAAGAAUUUGGAAAUUAAGACUGAUUCAGCAAAGGCUUUAGCUGAAUCAUUAGACAAGGCUGAAUCUCCUACAUUCCCAUAUCUAAAUACACUGUUGCGAAUUUUGACCACUCGCUGCAUGAUGCAAGCAGUUUAUUUCUGCUCUGGAAUGGAUAAUGAUUUUCAUCACUACGGUUUAGCCUCACCUAUUUAUACCCACUUUACUUCACCUAUUAGAAGAUACGCUGACAUCAUAGUACAUCGACUUUUGGCGGUGGCCAUAGGAGCAGACAGUACUUACCCAGAACUUACAGAUAAACAUAAACUAGCAGAUAUGUGUAAAAAUCUUAAUUACCGACACAAAAUGGCUCAAUAUGCACAAAGAGCGUCUGUUGCAUUCCACACACAGCUGUUCUUCAAAAACAAAGGAGUAGUGAAUGAAGAUGCAUAUAUAUUAUUUGUAAGAAAAAAUGCAGUUGUUGUUCUGAUUCCCAGGUAUGGGUUAGAAGGAACAGUCUUCUUUGAAGAAAAAGAUAAACCAACACCAAGACUGAAUUACAACAGUGAGGUGCCGUCAAUUACUGUGGAAGACACAACAUUAUGUGUAUUUGAUAAAGUUAAGGUGAACAUAAUUUUAGAUGCUUCCAACAUCCAGCAUCAGAAAAUUCGGAUGGUGUUGGUAGAACCAAAGCUUCCAGCUAUUCACGACUUUAAACACUGUCUCAGCCAUAGAUGCACAUCUUGGUGUUCACUGGGUAAGAGCCUCGUUCUGUGAAUGGUUAAUCGCUUCUUUUCCCAGCUUACACUUUGGACUUGCACAGUAUCUCAUAGCAGUGAGUUCCACAGCUCACCAUUGUGAAAAAGCACUUAACCGCCAUUUGUUUCAAGCAGGAUGCCUAAUACUGGUACUUGAUGACACGCUGUAUUUUCUACGCUAUGAAAGUCUUCUUAUUUACCAUUCCCGUGCCACUUAAUUCUGUAUACUUCUGUUACCAACUAUGUUAGCUCCUCCUUUUCUGGAAACUAAUUUGUAUCUUUGAUCUUCCUCAUCACCUUUAUGUUUUUGUAGUUGGUGUUAUGAUUUUUUUGAGCUGGGAGGAGCAGAAGCACAUACAUGAGUCUGAAUGUGAGCACACGAUAGAUCCAUACAAGGAUACUUACAGGAUUUUCUGUGUUGUAUGGUGUUAUGUGGGAACACUUUACGUCAUCUUACAUUCCUUCUAGUACCAAGACCAGUUUUAAACAAUGAGCUUAUACGCACCAACAGUUGCUAGCUGACAAGUCUUACACUUCUUUUAGAACUCUUCGAUGGACAGCGUCUAGUCCUGGCACUGUUAGUAUUCCUCUUACUCAGUUGGUUCUAAACCUUUUUUUCUUUUUUUUUUUAAUGAUGGUUGGUUGUAACAGUUUUCUUGAUGUUGGUCUUAAUUUUCUUGAGUGCUUUAAAUACACUUUGAUUACAUGUUGUUCAUGCCUACUUUUAGGCUAUUAUCAAUCUAUCCAUCGAUGGAGGAGCGAGGAAGAAUUUUCUGCUUCUCAAUUCCUUAACUUAGAGAAUUUUUAUGACUGUUUCUCAGUCUUUUGGGCUUGCCUGUUUAUUUUAACUUAAUUUUGUACUUAUUUCUUUGUUUUGGACAAGAUUUUCACUUCGUAAAGGAUGUCUGUUGACUUAGAAAACCCCAUGAUCAGUAGUGAUCAGUAUUACAACUGUUGAAAUUUUGUUGAUAAAUGGCAUAUUCUUACUCCAGGUUCCUUCUUAAAUUCCAUCUCGCCCCUGAAAGCGUUUUACUUUUUUGCAACCCCGUUUAGUACAAUUUUCAUUACAUUUUUUUAUUGUUGCUUUUAUAAUGCAUUUUAAGGUGUAGGAUUUUUUUCCUUCUACCAUGGUGAUGCAUUACAUCUUAACAUUAGCACUUAUAUUAGUAUUACAGGGGUAGCUCUAUAGGUAACCUCUUCACCAUGUCCUGAGACAAGAAUUGUUUCUCCCGUUUUAUGGGUUCUCUGCCUAGUUGCUCCAAGAAACAGGCUUUCAGGGCACCUAGAAACCUAGACUCUUUGUCUGGAGCCUUCUUGUGCCUUUACUCAUUGAACGUAAUUUAUAGAUGCAACAUCUAUCUGUUCUCCCAGCCUCUCUGAUAAUCCUUCGCAUUUCAUAAUCAUUGCCAUCCUAACUAGCUGAGCAAAAACACAGCCUCUGGCUUAUAGCAGUGGGUUUAAUUCCAGCGUCAGUGCCUGUGUUACGAUUAAAUUGCUCUUCUACUGGUAUGUGCUGUUGUCUCUUUCACAUAAUUUAUAACCUCAGAUUAACAUUUUAGUGAUCAGCUUCCUUGCAUUGAGCUUCUGACAUGCCUGUUACCCUCUCUAAUCAGAGAUUACAGUUUGCCCAUAGACUCAAGUGUAGAGGAGUAUACGUGUCUGGUCUUGGUCUAAUUGUUCUGUGAACCCUGCUUAAAUGAACUGUAUUUCAUCAUAGCUGGCUUCACUCCUCUCUGCUUGCAUGUCACUUAUUUUCAUAGUCUGAAAGACACCACAGCAUGCUUUUCGACAACCUCUCUCCUUGAGGACAGGUCAUACUCUGUAAGCAUACAGGCUGCUUUAUUUUCAACUUAUCUCAAAAGCUUUCCCAGUUUCUACCAAAGCUAAUGCCUUUUUGCUAUGUCCUGAGCCUGACAGGGCCUCUGCUUGAUGGGAACAGCACUGCAAAAAACACUGCAGGGUGAUUGCUUUAAAAGCAAAAUGAAGUUUUUUCACCUCUCUUGUUCACACCCCUUGCCUUACAAGCAUUUGCUGAGGGAUGGCAAACAGCUGAGAAGGCAGCACGUAUAAUCUGGUGCAAGAAAACUACUGGCAACUUAGUCAGCAGCAGGGUGCUGCUGCUGGUACCUCCCCAAGAAAUUUCCAGCUUUUAUGUCAGUUGAGUGUUCCAGUUGCAGCUGUUACAGGGUGGUAGAGAGUUAUCUUUUAGAUGGUAACAAUUUGCUGAUGUUGAUCCAGUGUUUGUAAAAGGUCUGUACAAGUAAACUCAAGUUUUAUCAGGACAGUAUAAGCUAAAACUGAGUUUAAAAUGUUCUGACUUCUAA